UUUGAGUCAAUGCGGUCCCAAACUUUCAAGUCAAGAACAAGACCGGCCAUUUUACAAUACCUUGUUGUGGGAUUAUUCACCUUUCAAAAUUAAAAUUGUAAUUAAUGUCAGAACCACAGUCAGCUCUCCUAUUAAGAAAACAGCUAGCAGAACUGAACAAAAACCCUGUGGAGGGUUUUUCUGCAGGCCUUAUAGAUGAUAAUGACAUCUACAGAUGGGAAGUACUCAUAAUAGGUCCUCCUGAUACAUUAUACGAAGGAGGUUUUUUCAAAUGUCAUCUUUAUUUUCCGAAGGAAUACCCACUUAGGCCACCAAAAAUGAAAUUUGUAACAGAAAUUUGGCAUCCUAAUAUCGAUAAGAAUGGUGAUGUAUGUAUUUCAAUAUUGCACGAACCCGGGGACGAUAAAUUUGGUUAUGAAAAAGCCUCGGAACGGUGGUUACCAGUACAUACAGUAGAAACUAUUUUAAUAUCAGUUAUUUCAAUGUUAGCCGAUCCUAAUGAUGAAUCACCUGCCAAUGUUGAUGCUGCGAAAGAAUGGCGAGAAUCAUACUCAGAAUUUAAACGGAAAGUAGCAAGAUGUGUCCGGAAGUCACAAGAACAAGAGGAGUGUUAGGACUGUAUUAAAUUUGAAUUGAUAAACAACUAAUUAUAAAAAAUAAACCAUAAUUGAUUUGAUUCCCGGGCUGUUAAAAUCUACGUGACUUUUUGUAUGUCGUUUCCGUAGUUUUUUAUACAACUUAAUAAUAGUAAUAUACUUUUUAAACAUUCGAUAGACUUCAACACGCCACCGGAAUCAAAUCACGUGUUUCAACAUUUC